AUGACCCCAUUCUCUUUUCUUCUCUUGAUCCCCUGUCUCUUCUCUGCCGCCGCCAUCACCACCAUCUCAGCCGCCACCAUAAUCUCACCAGGCUCCACUCUCUCCGCCUCCAACCCAAACAAGACCUGGUCCUCCCCAAAAGCCACCUUCUCCUUCGGCUUCCUUCCCUCUGACCCCCCCACUUCGCCCCCUUCCUUCAUCGCCGCCAUUUUCUACUCCGGCGGCGUCCCCGUAUGGUCCGCCGGCGAUGGAGCUGCCGUUGACUCCGGCGGCACCCUUCAAUUCCUCUCCUCCGGUACUCUCCGCCUCGUCAACGGCUCCGGCACUAUUCUCUGGGACUCCAAUACCGCCGCCCGCGGCGUCUCCUCCGCCCAGCUUGACGAUUCGGGCGACUUGGUGCUCCUCAACGGCACCGUUUCGGUCUGGUCCAGCUUCGAGAACCCGACCGAUUCGAUCGUGCCGUCGCAGAACUUCACUGUGAGUAAGGUUUUGCGAUCUGGGUUGUAUUCUUUUAAGCUUGUUAAGAAUGGGAACCUUACUCUUCGUUGGAACAAUAGUAUUACGUAUUGGAACGAAGGAUUGAAUUCUUCUGUUAAUACCAAUUUGACUUCACCUAGUUUAGGAUUGCAGUCAAUUGGUAUUUUGUCAAUCUCUGAUCCACGCUUGGCCACUGCGGUCAUUGUUGCUUAUAGUAGUGACUAUGCUGAAGCUGGUGAUAUUUUGAGGUUCUUGAAGCUAGGGAGUGAUGGGAAUUUGAGAAUUUAUAGCUCCACUAGAGGUAGUGGGACUAUAACUGAGAGAUGGGCAGCUGUUACUGAUCAGUGUGAGGUUUUCGGGUACUGCGGGGACAUGGGAGUUUGUAGUUAUAAUAAUUCCAAUCCGGUGUGUGGUUGUAUGUCGCAGAAUUUUGAGCUAGUUGAUUCGAAGGAUAGCAGGAAAGGAUGUAAAAGGAAGAUGGAGAUUGAGGAUUGUCCUCAGAGUGUGACUAUGUUGGACCUUGUUCAUACUAGGUUCUUGACGUACCCUCCCGAGACGGAAUCACAGAUUUUCUUUGUCGGUAUAUCAGCUUGCAGGUUGAAUUGUCUUGUAAAUACUGCUUGUGAUGCUUCGACAUCUUUGUCCGAUGGCACAGGGCUAUGUUACUACAAGACACCUGGUUAUCUUAGUGGCUAUCAUAGUCCAGCUAUGUCCAGCAGUUCAUAUAUCAAGGUUUGUGGGCGGUGA